CGUUGUUAGUUAACGACUCAAAAAGUGAUAAAGAUAUAAUGAUAAGAACGAUUUUCUUAUUGUAUUUCAUUGCGUGCAUACGGGAAAACCGUGGCGAAUGUAAUUUAUCUCUGCGUGCCGACUUCGGUACCCCGGCCCCGGUGUACCUUCGCAACGGCGAGCUCCUGUCCCCCGGGGCUGAUGGCGGCGUCAGCCUGCGGCGGGCGGAGCGCUUGCAGGUCGCCUGCCCGGGGACCAAGAAGUAUGUGGUGGUGGCCAACCAGAGCACCGGCGCUGAUAGUAUUGACAUAAAAUGCGUGCGCAACUCGACGUUCCAAGCGGUGGGUGGGUCGUGGGUGGGCGGUCUGCGGGAGGUGACCUGCACCCAGCCGCCCUGGUACGGCGCGGAGGACGUCGGCGCCUGCAGCGGGGGGAACAGGCUCUAUAGAGUGGGUUACCGCGUGUCCGGCGAGUUGCACGCGCGGUACUCGGCGUGCUUCGACCGCGGCAGGCUCCACACGCUGUACGUGAGGGAGCUGCUCAGCCCCGCCAACAAUUACUUGCAGAACGGCUCCAGAACUGGGUUCAUUGAAGGUGAGCUAUUCGCGAAGCACAGCAUGAACAGGCUGUACAAGCUGGAACACCAGCGGCGGCGCUUCGACGAGCUGCUGGGGCCCGGCAUGGGCGCCAAGUACGUCACCAAGACGCAGUUCCUAUCGCGCGGCCACCUGGCGGCGCGCGCGGACUUCCCGCUGGUGGCGGAGCAGCGCGCCUCCUUCCACUACGUCAACACGGCGCCGCAGUGGCAGCGCGGCAACGCCGGCGACUGGGCCGCGCUCGAGGAGGCUCUCCGUCGUCGCGUGCACUCGUCCGGCGCCCCGGUGACAGUAUACACGGGCACGUGGGGUGUCAGCACGCUGCCGGACGCGCGCGGACAGGACACCGAGCUGUACCUGGAUGUGGACACCAACAACAACGGCGUGGUGCCCGUCCCACUGUACUUCUAUAAGGUGGUACACGACGAAGCCAACCGUACAGCAGUCGCGUUCAUCUCCAUAAACUCGUCGUACUAUAACUCGUCGCGGGUGGACGAACUGACGUUCUGCGCCGACGUGUGCGACGAGAACCCGCAGUAUCGCUGGCUAAGAUGGCGGCCGCGAGACGGGACUCACAGCUUCUGCUGCACAUACCAGGAUUUCGCGCGGAAAAUACAGAAUCUACCAAAGUUAGAUGUUAGGGGACUGUAUUAUUAAGUUAUUUAUUUACUUACAAAGAUUGACACUAUGUGUGCAGACGUUACAAUGUUUUGUUCUUGUCUAUCAAGCUACUUUUUCAAUGUGGCAUAGACAAGAAUAAAAUAUUGACAAUUGUGUUGCAUACACAAAUUUAAUGUUAAGAAUUUGCUUUUAGCAACAUAGAGUACAUAAUUAAGUACAAUAUGUAAAUAUUUUGUAUUUAUAUUUUAGGGCCUUUUUGGGCAUAAUAUAUCAUAUUAAAGAUAAGGAUACAAAUUCAAAA